AUGCCAAAGCCUUUGGUUGCCCAUGGACGCCCCGUCUCGGCAUGUGAGCGGUGCCGCGCUGGCAAGACCGGCUGCGACCGCGUCCGUCCGAGCUGCUCGCGAUGCACCCGAGCCGGCACUCUGUGCGAGUACAAGGUUCCGUCAAAGCGGACUGCAAGGCAUCUUGUCUGCGAGAGACAAACUGAGCAACGAUGCGACAAGGCGACGUCCUCGCGGGGAGCCGAGUCGUCGCCCCCGGGGUCGCACAAUAUCGUGAGCCGCACUACCCCAACUGAUGAGCUCAACGGCAUGUCAGCUGCAGAAGACGUCCACCACUGCUCAGUCUCAAACGACCAUCGCUCGAGGGAAAACAGCCCACAGGUUUGUCCGAUCAAGCUGAAGCGAGACAGGGCCAUCCUCUCCUGCGUCCGCUGCCGCAAACACAAGGUUCGGUGCGACAGAAAGGUGCCCUGCGGGCGCUGCAUCAAGGCGCGACGAGAGGCACAGUGCGUCUACACGGAGCCGGUGCACACUGCGCCGAGACCCGUGGUGUGGGACGGCGACGCCGCGCUCAACACCAUCGCCACGCGGUUCGUCGACGCAACUUGGGACGUGCAGAACCGCAACGGCACGCACUGGAACAACUUGCUGCAAGAGGUGAGCUAUACCGUUUACCUUAGUCGACAGUAUUUAACACGUCUCAGCUCAAAGAAUACCUGCCGAAGGAUCACGGUGCUGGGACCGACUUUCACAUUCACCGCGAGCCCCUCCCGCAGCCGCUCACCAUGUCCAUCAACUACCCCUUCAGCAACGACGCCAGCUCCGCCGACACGAUUCGUCGCAUCGUCACGCAACUCCCGCCCAGGGCGCUCCAGGAAAUCUUCAUCGCGCAGUACGUCGCCACCAUCGAACAGGCGUACCACCUACUCGACGAGCCGGCGUGGGAAGAGGAGCUGCAGCGCUUCUGGCUCGACGACGGCAGCAUGCCGGCAGACUGGCUGGCGCAGCACCUCAUGA